CUACGGGGUCCAUCCUGCCCCUCGAUAGUCUUUCCACCACCCAUCUCUUGCCGCCCGGACAGAAGCUUCCCCGCCUCUCCAAACAUGCCUCUUAUCCAAGGAAGAUCGAAUCGCCGCACCGAAGCCGGCAGAUCUACCCGCCCCGGGCCUGCUGGCGCAGCCACCGACCUCCCGCCUUACGAGCCCCUCUCCUGCGCUCUCUCCGACGAUGCCAAACGUGCGCUCCAUUCCCUCGCCAACAGCCGCGACACCCGCCGCUACGAGGAACACAUCAAGAAAUCCAUCGGCCUGCUGGGGAAAAACGUCGCGGCCCUCAACGACCGCCUCGGCGACCGUCAGGCCGAGCUGCGCGCCCUCUCCCAAAAGCGCGCCGAGCGCGGCGGCAACAAGUCCGACCGGGAGAAGAAGAUGGAGCAUUCCCUCUCCACCCUCUCCCGCAAGGUCGCCGACCUGACCACCCAAUCCGAGCAGGCUGUGCGGGACCUCAUCGACCGCCAGGCCGCUUUGCAGGACGACAAGGCCGCCGCUGCGGACAUGGUGCGCCACUUUGACGGCCUACCCUCGCGUCCCGUGCGCCGAGCCCGUCGAUCCGGCCACCACGCCGCGGACCGUCGAGACGGAGAAGAAGAAGAAGAACAAGCAGCAGCAGCAGCAGCAGCAGAAGACGAGAGAGAGGAGCUCCCACCACCCGAUCGCCCCGUCUUUGAUGUCCUGGAGGCGAAGCGCCGCGCCAAGGCCGCCGAGUACGCGUCCAUGACCGCCCACCAGCGCUAUGCUCUCAACAACGACUACGCCGCCUUCAAGAAGCUCUGGCAUGACUCGACUUUCGGCGACCAGGGCGUGCCCCUGCCUGACCCCAGCCGCUGGUUCGACGGCGACGGGAACCCCGUGGUAGGCCCGGGUCGGGGAGCAGGAGGAGGAGGAGGGGGAGGAGCCAACCAGCAAGAGGACGACUCGGAUGAGGAUCUGGUCAUCGAGGGCGAGGUGCAGAGCUUCACCUGUCCGCUAUCUCUGGAGCCGCUCUCUGAGCCGUUUACCAGCAGCAAAUGCAACCACACUUUCCAGAAAGCUGCCAUUGUUGAAUGGUUCGGCACGAGUAGAAACAUGCCGAAGACUUGUCCUCAGACGGGCUGCAGUCAGUCCAUCUCGCUCAAAGAUUUGUAUGAAGAUGAGAUCAUAUUGCGCAAGAUUCAGCGCGCCAGGAAACGACGGGAACAGGAGGAGACUGCCGAAGGUGAAGAGGUUGAAAGUCAGGACGAGGACGAGGAUGAGGAUGAGAACGAAGAGCCUCGGUCGGCUGCUCCACGUGUCAAACGAGAACGGCCGUCAACUGGUCAUUGAGGACGAUAUCUAAAGCGGAACUUAUAAUAAGAGUUCCAGAGGCUCUUAAAAAGCCGCUUUCAUGUUAUGGACUAUACGAGGUUGAGACGCACCGGGAACUUGCAGGUCGGUAUUUCGGUUAUUGGGGAUCAAGGGGUUGGGAGGGGGCAUAUAGGGGAGAUACCCAAGUCAUGCAUGAUAUGAAGGGAACCUGAUCCAUAUGGUAUCGCCUUCUAGCCAGUCAAAGCAAGAAAAGUAAUUUUAUUGUGGUUCUAUGUG